AUGCACAGACGGAGAGCACGGCCUGCUCGGAGCCAAUGGACGUGGCAGGCGGCUCAGCCAUUGCGGAGGGGCUGGGCGGUAUUUCAAGCAGGCAGGGAGGGGAGAGGGGUGUCGCAAAAAACAGCGGAUCGCAUCAGGGAAAAAGAGAGGAGCCAAGCACGAUGUCCGACAGAAAGGCUGUUAUCAAAAAUGCUGACAUGUCUGAAGAUAUGCAGCAAGAUGCAGUAGACUGUGCAACGCAAGCCAUGGAAAAGUACAACAUCGAAAAGGACAUUGCUGCCUUUAUCAAAAAGGAAUUUGACAAGAAGUACAAUCCAACAUGGCACUGCAUUGUUGGCAGAAACUUCGGCAGUUAUGUCACACACGAAACAAAACAUUUCAUCUACUUUUACCUAGGUCAAGUUGCGAUUCUCUUAUUCAAGUCUGGCUAAAAGGAGGAAAGGGGUUUAAAAUAUGAACUAAUGCACUGACGGCUGGAGCCACAGUCCCUUUAAUGGCUAAACAGCUGCAUGGACUUUAUCUUGUGUAUAUGUAGCAGUAAACUUGCUUUAGUUGCCCAGAAAGGCUUUCUUUUUUUAUUUUGUUGAAAUGGAUAAUGCUUAACAGUGGCCUUUAAAAUAAUAAACUGGAGUGGUUCUACUUGAAGAUUAGAUCACUGGACUUCUCUUCUGAAGCAAAGUUGUUUUUUUUAAAAAUUCAAACCCAAUCCUAUUUUUUUCCUCCAUUCAGUUUGGAAGAGAGGGCAGUUGUACUGCAGAUAUUGGGUGUAAAAUACUUACUGGCUUUCUUUUAAGCUAUAAUUCUUUUAAUAGCAAAAUUUGCUAUUGCAUUGAAUUCCAUCAGCAACAUUACCUUUUUUAUUUUAAAAAGGAAAAUUUGGAUUUGAAUCACCACUGUUCUGAGGCUAAGUAAGACUUUAUUUAAAAAUCCGCUACAUAGAAACAUGAAAUUGCUGGCUUACCAGAAUGACGAGGAUGGCUUGAUUGCACCUUAAGUAGGGCAAACCUGUGUGUUUUCCCCCUUGUUCUGUAAUCUGCCAAGAGUGGAGAUACUUUCAAUACUUAGAAUUCUGUGCAAGGUCAUCAUCAAACCAGCAACAGCUGAAGUUGCUCUGACUUGCUGUAAACGUACAGAUGCUACCAGGCAGUUUGUACACUAUAUCACAUGGUUUUCUGUUUGCAUGUUUUUCCCAAGGUGUGUGUAACACGGUGUUUUUCUUUUCAAAACCCAUCCCUAGUCACAAAUCACUUUAAAACAUUAGGAUAGCUUAUGUUAAUAUAAGCAAACUAUAUACUUAAUGGUGCUUAUAUUGUGUGUUUUUUUUCUUCUUGUCUUCCCAAAUGUCAAACAAAUCUAAACUGCUGAGGAUUUUGACCCUCUCCCUCCCUUUUUUUUUCCUUUUUUGCCACCCCCACCCUACCCCUAUACUUGUGUAUGUACAUAGACUACAUAGCUUGUGAUUAAAGCAUGAAAAAGCUUCACUCCUGGUUCAUAAUCUGUCAAUGAGCUAAUUGUUAAUUGCCAAUAAAUGGAAAGGUGUCAGACCUCUGUCAAUUA